AUGAGUAAGAUUAAAAAAAAAAGAAAACAUACAUAUGUGGAGGAAGAAGAAAACGAAGUCAGGAAAUUUAAUAACAAUUUUGAUAAAAAUGUUAGACGGAAAAUUUUUAAUUUGCCAAAAAUAAAAGGAAAUGGGAUGGUAAUUUAUGAUGAAGAAGAUGACUAUAAUGACAAUGAGGACCAAAUAAGACAAAAAAAAAAAAGUAGAAAAGAAGAAAAAAGAGAACAAAAAUUAAAAAGUAUAUUACAAGAUAUGAAUAAAAAAAAAACAAACAUAAUUAAAAAUUCUAUUGAAGAUGAAAUGAUUAAUAUAUCAAAUAAAAUGAAUAAUUAUAAAGACAUUAAAAAUGUGAUUGCUGAUAUUUGUAAUAAUAUUAUGGGUGAUCAAACAAUAUACAUAGAUAAGUUCGAGUUACUUUUCCACAUUUUCAACGAAGCGAUAAAACGGAAAAACAAAAUAAUUAACAAUCAACCGUUUGCUAAUGUGCCUAAAAAUGGACACACAAAUGAAUAUAAAAGAAAAUAUUUCGAGGAUAUUACUAAUGUAGCUUCUAUUUCUAUAUGUACCGUUUUAAAAUGUAUAACACCAUCAUAUAAAAUUAUAAAUAUGAAAAAUAAUAAUUCAAACAACAACAAACAAAAUAAUUCAUCGAAAAAAUUUUCAAAAAUAGUAGAAAAUAUAAAUAAUAUAGAAGAAAAAAUAGUAAUAUAUUUUAAAAAAUUUUGCAGCAUAUUAAAAGAUAAAAUUAAACAAAAUACUAUUGUUUAUGUAAAUUUACUUUGUGAAAUAAUAACAGUUAAUUUACAUUUAUCAAAAAGUGAAAAUUUAUAUGAUUUAUUAAUUCUAUAUUCCAAUUUGCACACAUAUAAUAAUAUAAAAUAUAACAAGCCAAAAGAGAAUAGCAAAAUUAUGAGUAAAAAUAAUAAAAACUCUGAAAUGAAUAUAAACAUACUUUGUAUGAAAUGUUUAAAUACUAUUAAUGAAAUAAUUGAUAAUGAUUCUAAUUUGUCUAUUACUGUUUAUUUAAUAGAUUAUUUUGUUAAUAAUUUAUUUAAAAGUAAUUGUAAAAUUAGUUCUGACUUGUUAAGAAUAUUUUCAAAAAUUAAAAUUUCAGAAAAAAAAAUUAAUGCAAAAAUAUAUAGCCAAGAUAUGAUAAAUAAUACUUCACUUUUAGACAAAGAUAAUGAUGAAAUAAAUGCAAAAACAAAUAUAUGUGGUGAAUUAAAAAUAAUAGAAAAAAAUACAGAAAAAAUAUUGGAUAAUCUUUUUUUUGUUUAUUUGUGUGUAUUAAGAGAACAUAAUAAAUAUUCUACAAUUUUUGUAAAAAAUGUAUUAUAUGCUAUAUCAAAAUAUUCCCCUUAUAUUAAUAAAUUAUUAAUGGAUGAUGUAUUCCAGGAAAUAAAAGCUUUAGCAAUAGGGAAUGAUAAAAAAACAGGAGAUACAGAUGAUAAAAAUAAUGUAGUAUGUUCAAACUCGUUAAAGUUAGCAUCAAUUCAUAUAUUCCUUGAAAUAUUAAACAAAACAAAUGAUCAUAUAUAUAUCGAUUGUUCAUGGGUUGCUCAAUCUCUAAUUGAUUUAUUAGAUUCAGAUUUGCCAUAUUUUCAUAUAGGAUCUGCUUGCUACCUUUUUGAAAAUACAAAUUUUAUUUAUAAUAAUUUUUUUGACAGUAAUAAAGGAAGGGAUAACAAUUUUAAAAAUUCAGAUUCUCUAUCAAAUAGUUACAUAAAUAAUAGCCACUUGAUGGAUAGUUCUAAUAAUAUUGAAUCACGAGAAAGUAAAUAUAAUUUUUCAUCAGAGCUACUAUAUUGUAUACACUUACUUUUGAUAACAAAAAAUUUUACUAUAAACUAUAAUACUUUUAAAUCUAGCAAUAAUAGGUUACUAGCUAAAAUUGUUCAUAAAUUAUAUAAUAUUUCUUUACAUUCAGAUUAUAUAAUAUCUUUUUGUUUUUUAAAAUUAAUUAAAAAUAUUCUCGAUAAAUAUCCAUUAGUUAAGCCAAUUGUUGAAAUGGAUGGUAUUACUAUUUCUAUUAUGGAUGGAAAUUUAUCAGUUUUUUUUCAAAAUAUUUGUUUUCAUUCUUUUUAUUUUAAUAAUAUAUCAUCCCUAGCUUUUGAUAUAUCACUAAAUGAUUCAAACGAUAUUUAUAGAACCGAAUUAAAUGAAUAUAUGAACAGAAAUAAUAUUAUUGGACAAAAUAAAAUUAUUAAUUAUAAUCUUAAUUUAAAAGAAAAAGCUAUUAUUGAUAAUGAUAAAAUGGCUAGUUAUAAGCCUAGCGAUAUUUUUUGUAAAAAUAUUACAGAUUAUAAAAAAAAUGAUAAAUAUAAUAAUCUUGAUAAGAAAAAAUUUAAGCACACAAAUAAUAUUUCUUAUAAUUCAUCUACAAAUAUGAAUAAAACUUUAGCAGUAAAUCUUACACACCCACAUAUGUUGAUGGCUAUGGAUUUUAUAGAAAUAGUUUUUUCUCCAUACAAUGAGUUUAUAACAAACUUUCAAAUCAACUCUUCUACAAGAAUGAACAAGAAUAGUAAUACAGACAAUGGUGCUGCUGAUUAA